CUCCCAAAACACCACCACAAAAAGGGAAAAAAAACCAUGGCUACCACCAAGUUCCUCCUCUCCCUUCUCCUCCUCGUCCAGCUCGCCGCCACAGCCUACUCCAUCGGUGUAAACUACGGUACUCUCGGCGACAACCUCCCGCCACCAGCCAAAGUCGCCGACUUCAUCAAAACCCAAACCAACAUCGACGCUGUCAAAAUCUUUGACACCAACCCCGACAUCAUCAAGGCCUUCGCCAACACCAACAUCUCCUUGACGAUUACCAUCCCUAACGGAGACAUCCCGAAACUCAUAAAGCUGCGCACCGCUCGCCGUUGGGUCGUUGAUCAUGUCAAGCCGUUUUACCCGGCAAGCAAAAUCAAAUACAUUGCCAUGGGCAACGAGGUGCUUCACUGGGGGGACGAUGCUCUCAAGUCGAAUCUCGUCCCUGCCAUGAAGACCUUACACAACGCUUUGGUCCGCGAGGGGAUCAAAGACGUCAAGGUCUCGACCCCUCACUCGCUCGGAAUCAUGUUGUCUUCCGACCCGCCCAGCAUGGGCCGGUUUAGACCGGAGGUGAUUCCAAUCCUGACCCAAAUGCUCCGAUUCUGUCGCCAGACCAAGUCGCCUUUCAUGGUUAACCCGUACCCAUACUUCGGGUGGUCACCCGAAAAGGAGAGCUACGCUCUCUUUAGACCCAACAAUGGUGCGCACGAUAAAUUCACUGGCAAGUUUUACACUAACAUGUUCGAUGGGUUGAUGGACGCGGUUUACUCAGCUGCCAAGGCAAUUGGGUUUGGUGAUGUGAACUUGAUCGCGGCCGAGACCGGUUGGCCUUCGGCUUGCGAGUUCCCAGUCUGCUCGGUUCAGAACGCUGUGGACUACAACGGUCACUUGAUCAAGCAUAUUGAGUCCGGGAGGGGUACGCCCUUGAUGCCAAACCGGAAGUUCGAAACUUACAUCUUUGCUCUGUUUAAUGAAAACCAGAAACCUGGUCCAGCCGCGGAGAAGAACUUUGGGCUGUUCAAACCAGACAUGACUCCGGUUUACAAUGCUGGGGUUAUGCGCAAUCAACAGGGUGGUGCAACUCCUGGACCAACAAUGCAAAUUCCAACACGGCCUUCUACACCAGCUGGACCAACUACACCAGCUGCACCUAAACGCGGGAAAAAGGGAAAGCCUGCUGGACCAGCAAAAUCAACAACACCAGCAACGCCGGCAACACCCGCAGCGGGAGGCAAAAAGCCGUAAAUACAACGCUUGAGCUUGAGGAGAUGAUUUGAGGAACGGAAGAAAUGGUGUUGACCAUAAUUUUUUUUUUUUUCAAAUUUUUUAAUUUUUAAUUUUUGGGAAUGUUGGUGACUAUGAUGCCUUUGGAAAUUAAUUAGUAUAUGAUUUAAUUUUUAGUUAAUUAUACUUUACCAUCUUGAUUUUGAGUCA